CUUCGGAACGCUCGCGACGUUGUCAUGGAGAACAAGGACGGGCGUCGCGUUCCGUCGUAAACAUGGGAUAUAGACAACAACCGUGCGAUUUGCUCGGUUUCAAUCGAGACGAGGCUUUUUGGUGACAUGUUGUGUUUAUGUUAUGCAUGUGAAAAAGCAAACUGUGUCUAGUUUAACAAAUUGGCGAUGUUUACUAACUAGUCAAGAUGUGGAGUCAUGGAGGAGGGAGUUCAGCUCUGGACCGGGCGAAGGCUCAGCUCUCUGGACAGAGAAUCUCAAACAAUGGGAUUUCAAAGGACAAAAGAGAUGUGGAAAACUCUGGAAAAUUCGUGUCACUAUCCAGGCAGAUGCAAUUCCAGGAUUUGAGUGAAGUCUUUUCGGCAUCAGAGAGUGAAAACCAGGACCCUGCGAAGACUACGACAUUGGAGAGUUUCAGCUUGGGUGGUGGGAGCCGAUUUCUGAAGAAGACCUCCAAAGAUGCCACUGGAGACAGAGUGUCAUCUGCUCCUAGAAGAACUCCUGCAGGAACGUUCAUACCUCAAAGCAGUUCACAAAGCACAGCUUUGAGUAGGCUAGCGCUCAUCGAGAACCGUAUCAGAAACCAGAAAACCAAAAGCGACGGCCCUAGUAUCGAUACAAACCUCUCAGAACCACAAGAGACACGUAUAUCUUUACAGUCCAGCAGUGAUCUGAGCAUGACAGGGAAUCGCUUUCUAAAGAAGAGGACUGUGUCCACACCUCGAGAGCAAAAGGUUCCUGAGAGAACAUCUGGUCUGAAUGAACGUAAAGAAAGGAGAGUCAGUUUAGACAGCGACGAACAGGACAUGCGAACACUUCUAGGAGAUUCUUUUAGCUUAUCAGAAGGUUCCUUGCAAAAUGCAGUGAGGCAAAAGAGUCCUCAACCAGUUAAAAAGUUAUACAAGAAGAGCAGUGAAAAGUCCACCGUACCUUCGCCAACUACUGAAAGACAUAAAGUUCUCACCCAUCAAAGUCUUUCUCCUCCCCCCAGCAGGCCUGAGUCACGCAUGGUCCAGUUUACUGAACAUUCAGUGUCCUCUGAAACGGAUCACAGUGAGAUCCGGUCUUUGGACGAUCUUUUUCCUGUUGCUGCGGCACCUGAUUCUGAUGAUACUCUGAGCGAGAGGAGUGCAGUAUUGGAUGAUUUUAAACUGAACGUAAUGACACUGGAUGAUCUUGCCCCUAUACCAUUUGAAGCAGCUGAAAUCUCACAAGAAAAGAAAGAAACACAAGCCAGACAGGAAGACAGAAACAAGAAGUCAUACAACAUUUCAAAUGUUGCUUCACCACCCACACCAGAAGGGGCCUCGGCUGCCUACGAGAGUGAUUUUGAGAGCGAGCUCCCAUCUGAGACGCUAGAGAGCGCCAGUGAGAUCUCCGAGCGUCUCACAGAUAAAGACAAAGAUGCCUCACUGAUCAGCGAGGCCCAGUACAGCUCAUACAAAUCCCAGGAUGGCGAUGACGAUGACCAUAAUUUAUCACAGUCGUCGUCAUCCAGUCGCCACUCAGACUCUUCCUCGAGGUCUACCUUAUCCAAUGCGACAGUCACACACGGCCCCAGUCCUAAUGGUCACGUGAAGGAGGUUGCAGUACAGACUCCGAUGGAUGGACUAAAUUACACAUGGUCUUCUGGCAUAGCUGCUGUUGGUCCGUCACUGGGCAUGACGUACGUGGACCCUACUCCAAUAGCCAGUCACACAGUCAGCGCUGAAGCCAUCGAGAGUUUGACGGCAUACAGUCCUGCUGUUUUUGCACUCAACGACAUGUUGCGGCAGCAGUUGGCCCUUACUAGAGGAUUCAUCGACUCCACCAGACGUCACUACACGUCAAUGAUCGAGUCACUGGGACCUGCCGACUACAAAUACACCACACUAGAGGAUACUAAAGAGUUUAUUCGUGCUCACAGGCCACCCAAACUGAGUAUUGAAGACGCUUUAGAUGAAGUUCUACAGGAAAUGAGAGACUAUUACAGUUGAAUAAACAGAUGAUCAACGUUUUGGAUGCAUCAUCCAUAGAUUAAUAACAGCCAAAACUUUUCAAUCAUUGUUCAUGCAAUAACGUGACUAAAAUAAACCAGCAUUUUUCAGUAUCUGUUCAU